AUGGAUAUCAAAUUAGAUGAUCCAACGGCAGAGACCGAAGCAUCACUUGAUUCACUUCCGGUUCAUGAGAACAGAAUUGUUAUCUCACUUCAUGGGGACCUGCUAGUCGAGUAUAUUAAUCAGUCCACCACGAUCAGCUGCCGCUGGCAAGUGAGCAGUCAGAUCCUGGGAGAUACUAGUCCUUACUUCAGAGCUCUGUUAGACCCGGAGAAGUUUGCCGAGGGCAGGUCUAUUGUACAGCAGCAGCAUGCUCAGAAGGACGGAUUGAAUCCGACUCUACCAAUUCUUCGGAUUCCCUACAGUCCUUUGUUUGAAAUAUGUGAUUCAGGCCCCAUUACGCUCUUUCUGAAGAUUCUAUGUCUUGACACAAUGAGUGACUUGGAGAGAGUCAAAUUUGAGACUGAUCUUAAAAAGGAAUCUCCAGCAAUGAUUGCAAAAUUGAUAAAUAUCGCCGAAUGGUUUAAUUCUCCAGAUAUUGUACGUGCUAUUGUGACCAGAAUUGAAUAUUCGUUUGGAAGAACCGCGGAAAAGGGUAUCCAUCACAAGAAGAAAAAAUAUGAGCUCUUGCACUUCAAUACCGAUACGGCGAGAAUGAAAGAAGACACCAUUCGACAAAUAAUUUUCAUUGCGCACUUCAUGGGAAACAGUACUGUCCUCAAAACCACUACUCAUGUGUUGAUUGUCGCUGGUUCAAGGCUUUGGAUUGAUGGAUUAGAAGCUCCAGAAAACCCGGCGGAUCAUCUGCGAUGGCAAUACCUACCAUAUGGCAUUGAAGAGGAGCUGUAUUAUCGGAGACAGUGCGUCCUAGGCACAAUCACUGACCUUCAGGCUCAUUUUCUUCGAGUCUAUGGAGGCCUUGACGACGAAGAUAUCCAAACAAAACCAAAAAACACACGAUCUCUUGGCGUCGGGUUUUCAACCUCAACCCAGACGACCCAGUUUCAAUGCCGAGCAGGAAUGGCCAACGGAAGCCAAUGUGAUAUCUUCCAGCUGGGCCAACUCACACGAUUCUUGACUAUGCGUUCAAAAACUGCUUUCAUCGGAUCAACUAUUUUAGAUCCUGAGUUCUCUCUAGACGCUGUCACCGUUGGCGAGAAAACAGUGGAGUCACCAUCCAGCCUUUCGUUCAUUCUGAAUUCACUCAAGUCUUUCCCAGACUAUCAGAUUGACAGUCACCAUGGAAGCUGUGGGGUCAGACGUCGCUUGAUGCCGAUAAUUCCAUGUAUUGAGAAAUACGUGAUGGAUCCGCGCGCUCUUCUGGGCAUCAAACCAUUAUUUUCCCCUUGGAGUAAAUCUCCCAAGGACUUCACGGUAAACAUCCACUUUGGCAACAUUACCUCGAUUGAUUUUCCUGAUCCUCAAACUGGACGGUCGACUCACCGCCAUUCCAUUGGAAUCUUCCCCGAAGAAGAUGCAGAGCUGCUCUUCACAGUAAAGAAACGUAAUUGGGAAACAUAG